GAACCUUCUGCAUCAUUUCACUGUGCACUUGCGUGGCUGGAAUCAACUUUGAGCUCUCCCGCUACCCCCGCUACCUGUAUGGACUUCCCGACGACAUCAGCCAUGGCUAUGGCUGGUCCAUGUUCUGUGCGUGGGGGGGCCUGGGCCUCACUCUUAUCUCUGGCUUCUUCUGCACUCUGGCCCCUUCUGUCCAACCUGUCCCCAGGACCAACUACCCCAAAUCUAGACCUGAGAAUGGGACAGUGUGCUAA